AUGCGUUGGGACAUCUUUGCUGCAUUGGUUGCCAUUGUCGCUCUGCCGCUGAUGGUCAAUCAAGCAACAAUACAACUACUCAGCAAGCUCUUGGGUUUACUGAUGCGGCGGAUUUGGCCAAAGGAUGCCUUGUGUGAGGUCUUAGAAUGGCGAGACGUUCCUGACGGGCUCCUCCAUAAUUGUGAAAAUCUAGCAGAGGGGCAAUGCACCUGUACAUCUUUGCAAGCCCUCCACGAGGAGCCGUCGACCACGCACGAAGAAUGUUUCUCAGAAACAUUGGGCACUGUUUUUGGAAAGGCAUGGGUAUCGCCGUCCAGGCGCCAGAAGGUCGUCAGAAAGCCACACGCUCUGGAGUUUCGACGACCAUACAUUCGCACAGAUCGAACGACACUGAGAGCAUACGUGAUGCUUUGCCAACCAGCACAAGAAUACGGAGAUAAGAGUAAGGUUGUGACAUUCAAGAAAGUCGAUGGGAUCUUGACCGCGCACUUGCACACUGGCGGAGACGACGGCUUUGCGGUCAUACACAUACCCACACUUACGAAACGCGAACUCGAAUGCAUCAUGAAAGGAUAUCCACCUUUUUAUCGGGAGUCUAUUCAGUUCGAAGAUGGGCGCAAACUUAAGACCCCUAUUGCAUCGAAAGAAGAUGGCCUUAGAGGAGGCUGGAUCGUUGGGGUCGGUUUGACUUUCUAUCCCUAUCCAACCUUAAGGCAUAACUUGACAUACACAUCGCCACCUGAUGAUAGGAGAAUAUGGAAGCAUACCAAUAUAGCGGACGCUGUGCGAAGGGUUGGCGAAAGACUCGAGGACUUUCUCCAAUAUUUCCCUGACGAACUUGCUUUGAAGUACGGUCUCCAGAUCUACCACGAGAUGCUGAAAGAUGAUGGGCACCGGACCAUGUUCUGGACGCUUUGUGAGGAUAAGACUUUCUUCGAUGUCCCGGGUGCGAGUGGUUCUCCAGAACCAUUCGUUCGUCAGCUUUCAGUCACUGAGUGGGAUCUCGUAUUGGUAUCUUUCAAUCGCCGAACGCCAUUGAUGGAUUCUGCAAAAGCCCUAUUCCAAGCUAAUCUCAAGACUAUCAUUCUUGCUGUUCUGAAAGGCUUGUCUUAUGUACUCGUCUAUGGACGAGCAGAGUCUCAUUACUAUUCGAUGCCCGUCUCAAGAAUUCCUUCGAUGGAAGAGAUGGACGGCCACAAAUAUAUCUAUCUUACGACCUGUGUGGAUGAAGGUUAG